UAGAAGAAAAAACAAGAAUACAUGCAUUAGACUUGUUGGUGUAAGGAAAAUGAUGCUUGUUAAUACUUGGACGUUAUGGCGUAAUAUAUCCUACAAAGUUUAAGAGGUGCACACACAAAUGCAAUAUUAAACUGAUCAGCCAAUAGUGUACUUAAAAAUUGGUGAUAUGAUUUGUGGACACAUGCUUGAAAAUGUCGGGAAGGUCAAGAUGGCCAAACUCCUUCCCCUGAUUCUCGCCGGAAUUUUGACCACGGUGCUCCAUGAAGCCCAGGCGAACCUGCCUCCAGGCCCUGCUGUUGAUGUGCUUGUGACCCCCAAUGGCCCCAUGGCAUCUUGCAAAAAAAACAAAAGGUCGGUCGUGUUCCAGUCCAUCAAGUCUAAGAAGGGGAACGUGUAUAGCCGUACAUACACUCACCCGGCGAUACUGAAAUGCUUCGGCAGCUUCCAGCCGAGCACGGUCACUAUCGGGGACUGCGUCAACGCUGCCGCCGUGGCCGGACACUCCACCUUGUACUUCAAUGGUACCGCCUGCCUCACCUACAACGCAACUUUUCCGAGUCACGCAUGUGCAGACCAGCAGGCAGCAGCGGCAAACUACUUAGCCAUCUACCAGGCCAACCCACCUCUGGUCAAGCCAAAUUUCG